UCAACCUGCAGUCAGCUCGCUUGUGCGCUGCCUCCCUCCUGCGUACUGCGCUUUCAGCAUCGCUGUAGAGACUUAUGGAGCAGGAGAGCUGGGACUUACCCCCGUCUCUUUAGGAAGAAGUGUACUCCUGUCAAGACGGGGGGAACCCAGUUCAUCUGAACGCUCAGGUGCAAACCACGAUCUGAGAAGAUCAGACAGCAGAACAACUGUGGAACGUUCAUUUACACCAGAAUAAUCUGUUUAAGAGUGCCUGAGGAAGCACCAAUAUGACACAGGGAGAACUUGCAAACUCCACACACAUGGAGCCAGGAUGGAGACUCGAACCCAGCAGCACCCCACAGUGUGGCACAUUGUACUUCUUUCUUGAGCGUAAAGUCUUUUUGCGACUCUCGGUAAGUGUAAAGACCAACAACAGUUAAUCUUUAUUGGUAUAGCAAUGGCAAAUCGACAUUAAGGGUUAUCAGGUGCACAAAUGUUCUGCUGCCUCAUCCUACCUCCUGACCUCCACAAAUGUUUUUUUUUCAGUGAAGAAUUUGCCCUGACAUUAAAAUAUGAUAUGCUGAAAAAGUAGAAGACUGUCCCAAAAUGUGAUCUGUAAUUGUGAGAAGGUAUCACCACUGAGAUUUACACCAGCAUAGAAUUCAAAUACACCCUGCACAUACAUUACAGCCUCAUUACUAUAUUUUGUGCUGUAACGGCUUUAGAUUUAAGUGACAAGAACAAAAUAAAAGGGUUUGCAGCUAACAGACAUUGUGGCUAAAGGCUCUAUAGUUCAAAGAAUUUUGGAACUAGAGGAUCAAUAGCAAAGGAAUCUUAAGUCAGGGCUAUAGUGGCUCUGUGUUGGCUAAACAAGGCUAGCAUUGGGGAGUACAUACACUAUAUGGACAAAAGUAUUGGGAGAUCUGUAGUAAUUACAGGAAUUGGCCAUGUAAGCCACGCCCACUGCUGACAUAUACGUGUAUAGACCAUGCAGUCUCCAGCAUCAAACAAUGGCAGCAAAAUGAGUGGUCAGGCAGAAGAGGUUAGUCAACCUAGUACCAUUAUGAGACACAAUUUGGCACUUUUUCAAUGAGUCGGUUCUCCACACUUGUGUCCUGCUAGAGCCGCCAUGGCCAACUGUAAGUGAAGUGAUUGUGAAUUGGAAACAUCUGGCAACAAGUUCAGCUGCAAAUCGGUAGCCACACAAAGGAUCUGAUCGCCCAACAUCGAUACCCAACCUGAAUGGCUGCAGAUCCCACCAGCAAUGUUCUAACAUCUAUGAAGAGCACGGGCUGUUAUAGCUUUGAAUCAGAGUGCGAUGUUGGACAGGUUGUUGUCUCAAUACUUUUAACCAUAUAGGGUAUUUACUCACCUGUCAGCUCCAUACAGUGUCUCUCAGGGUGCCCAAGGGCACUGUGGGAUAGAUGCCCCCACCUCACUGUGCCAACAUUAGCAGGAACAUUUUAUUGCCAGUAGGUUACAAAAGUUGGUCAAGCCUGCUGAUGUAGCCCCCCCAAUUAUCUCUGUUACGCAAGCAUGUCAGAUGUCUUGAAUAGUGAAUUUAACAGCAGAUUACAGCUCUAAUGUGUGCUUUCAUGUGGGAGACUGGCUGGGGAGGGAGGGUUAACAAGGUCGAUGAGAGGAUGCGGAUGCCGAUGGAGCCGAAAAAGGAAGAAGCUGCCGUUUCAGCCACGUGAAAGGACUGUACAGUUAGCCGUGUUCCCUCUGAUCCUUCCCAUCCCCAAGCAGAGGCAGCCUUCCUGUGCUGCUUCCUGAUGCCACCCUGGUCUGGCAGGAACUUGAGGUCUCAUGGGCCAGUUCCAGGUAUCUCUGCGGCAAUCUAGGCCCCGCUUGUGAGGUGGCAUGUGUCAUGAGCGGAGGAGGGGGGCUCCUCCACCAUCACCCACACCCAUCUGCUCCGAGCGGCAGGAGCCCGCACGCAGCAAGCUGUGCCACACGGAGAGAGGAGCCAAGGUCCACAGAGAGCUGGAGUGGCCAUGCCGUUCAGCUGUCUCACAUUCGGGGACAAGAAGGAUUACAACAAUCUGGCAGAGGUCACCGAUAAAUAUGACCUCGGCCAGAUCGUUAAAUCCGAGGAGUUCUGUGAGAUUUUCCGAGCGAAGGACAGGAAUACGUUGAAAAUGUACACCUGCAAAAAAUUCCUGAAGAAAGACGGAAGGAAAGUAAGGAAGGCGGCCAAGAAUGAAAUCUUCAUCCUGAAGAUGGUGAAGCACCCCAAUAUUCUUCAACUGGUUGAUGUCUUUGAGACCAGAAAGGAGUACUUCCUCUUCCUUGAGCUGGCUACAGGCAGAGAGGUCUUUGACUGGAUCCUGGAUCAAGGCUACUACUCCGAGCGGGACACCAGCAAUGUCAUUCGACAAGUGAUGGAAGCUGUCGCUUAUCUGCAUUCGCUCCAUAUUGUUCACAGGAACCUAAAGCUGGAGAACCUAGUGUAUUACAACCGUCUGAAACACUCAAAAAUUGUCAUCAGUGAUUUCCACCUUGCCAAGCUGGAGAAUGGCCUCAUCAAGGAGCCAUGUGGGACCCCUGAGUACCUUGCACCUGAGGUGGUGGGCAGACAGAGGUAUGGCAGGCCAGUGGACUGCUGGGCCCUGGGAGUCAUAAUGUACAUACUGCUGUCAGGAAACCCGCCCUUCUACGACGAGACAGAUGAUGAUGACUAUGAGAAUCACGACAAAAACCUUUUCCGGAAGAUUCUGGCAGGGGACUAUGAGUUUGACUCUCCAUAUUGGGACGACAUCUCAGACUCAGCAAAAAGUUUAGUAGCUCGUCUGAUGGAGGUGGACCAGGACCAGCGUCUGACUGCUCAGGAGGCGAUCAAUCAUGAAUGGAUUUCGGGAAAUGCGGCCUCUGACAAGAACAUAAAGGAUGGUGUUUGUGCACAAAUCGAGAAAAACUUUGCCAAAGCCAAAUGGAAGAAAGCAGUACGGGUCACGACCAUCAUGAAGAGGCUGCGUGCCCCGGAGCAGAGCGACUCCGCUGGAGCCACCGGGCCUGCUGUGUCUGGCCCAGCGAACCCCCUCCCCACAGCGGAGCCCUCUGGUGACAAGGGAGCCCCCUUGACUCAAGCAGAGGGUUCGGGUGCUGUGGGCGGGGUCAGCGCAGAGCCCUCUGCCGCACCUCAGUCGGCGGAUCCCUCGCUGCGGUGUAAUGGUGAAACCCCUGCACCCCUCCCAUCGACAGCUGUGACCAGUGACGAGCAAAAUGGUUAAAUGUCAGUCUGGCGCAAUGGUAAUCCCCCUCCCCCCCGGCCCCCCACAAGCCAUCCUGUAUAUUGUAUAUUCGCUGCUGGCAUGGUGACCCUAAGUCCGCUACUUACCUUCACAGCAUUAGCAUCUGGUAGAUUUUGUAGCCCAUCUCUCCUGAGCAGCCAAUCAGCCUGGGUUCUGUCUUUCAUAGGAAGUCGAUCAUCCCAUAUUCUGUCUUUCCUAAGCAAGUGAUUAAUUUGUAUUAUGUCUUUCCUGAGAGGUCAGUUAGCUUGCAUUCCAUCUGUAAUCAAUUGAUUAACCAGCAUUCCCUUUCUCAAAAGCAAUUGGUCGUCCUGUGUUCUUGUGUUCUGCCUCUCCUUAGAGACUGAUCCACUUGUGCUGAGUCUUUCCUGGGAGUUCGGUGUGUCAGAUGCGUUUGAGUGCCCUGUAUUCCCUCUCGCCUGAAACAUUGAUUGGCCUGCAUUUUCACUCCCUCUAGCUCGGGACUCUUCAAAUCUGGCCGUCGAUUACAAAUCCAGGCCUUGUUUUCAGUUCUCCCUCACAGUUAGUUUAAUAAAUACUGAUUCUGAUUGGGCACUGAGGUUUCAUACCUGGCAAAGAGAUAAAGGAAUGCUGGAAAAUCAGCAGUGCUUGGCCCUUGAGGACCGUGAUUCGAAUAGCCCUGUUCUAGUUUCAUAAACAUCUUUUUUGCGAGCAGCUGUAGGUAUCAUCUCAUGGAUUCUCCCUUGAUAAUAUCCCUAAUAACUAAAGCAUGACAAGAAGUAAGCAUUCUGGCAGAUUUCAGUACUUAUUUUCUUUUUUUGCAAUGUGCGUCCUUUUGUUUCGACAUUCUGAGUAAUGGCAUCUGGCUUGGUGAGAGUGAUUCAGUAGCUGACCCCUCUUCCCUUCUGACAUCUUCACCUUCAGCCCUGCUCAGGAACUCACUGUUUGGCUCACAAGUGUAUAUGAUGUGUAAAUAGUCCCCUGUACAACUAGCCAUACAUUAAAACUGUCCUGCUGAUUUUUAUCAUGACUGAAGGAUAGAGAGACCAUAUUUAUACACAUGCUGACGUGCAACUGAUAACUCGGACCUUUUCACUUUCUGUACAUCCUGUUUAUCCAUGUAUUUUACAAAGUUCUUUCCCUGAUGAGAGUCCUAGCUUAGCAUCACUGUAAUCACUGCAGUUCUACUCAGCAGAUACUUU